CAGUGCAUGCUGGGAUAGCCUCCAGGCUCCCAUUUACCCUGAACAGGAAUAAGCAGGAGACCGUGCGGGAUUAUCUGCUCUGGAUCAGGAUGCACAGUGCAGUCCAAUACAGAGGUGCCCUGACGAGGAGAAGGGGCUUCACUCUCUGCAUGAGAAAUGGACGUGGAACUUGGAUUCUAUCGGCAGGUGGAUGUCCAGGCCCACGCUCACUACAUCGUUGCCUUUUUUGUCUUGGUGAUCGGAACAGUGGGUGUGACUGGGAACGCUUUGGUCAUGUAUGCCUUUUUCUGUAACAAGAAGCUGCGGACUGCCCCCAACUUCUUCAUCAUGAACCUGGCAGUCAGUGACUUCCUCAUGGCAAUUACACAGUCACCCAUCUUCUUUGUGAACUCCCUUUACAAGGGCUGGAUUUUUGGUGAAACAGGCUGUAAAAUGUAUGCCUUCUGUGGAGCUUUAUUUGGAAUCACUUCCAUGAUCAACCUUCUGGCCAUCUCUGUAGACCGCUACAUAGUCAUCACCAAGCCUCUGCAAGCCCUGCGAUGGACCUCCAAGAGACGCACUUGUCUCAUCAUUGCCCUGGUCUGGCUGUAUUCCCUAGCCUGGAGUCUAGCACCUCUUUUGGGGUGGAGUUCAUACAUACCAGAGGGCCUGAUGACCUCAUGCACAUGGGACUAUGUGACAUCCACUCCUGCCAAUAAAAGUUAUACUUUGAUGCUAUGCUGCUUUGUAUUCUUCAUCCCUCUGGGCAUUAUAUCCUACUGUUAUCUGUGCAUGUUCCUGGCAAUCCGCCAUGCAAGCAGAGAUGUUGAGAAGUUGGGGUAUCAGGUGAGGAAAUCGACCCUGAUCCAGCAGCAGUCCAUCAAGACUGAAUGGAAGCUGGCCAAGAUUGCCUUUGUGGUCAUCAUAGUGUUUGUGCUCUCCUGGUCGCCCUAUGCAUGUGUCACCCUCAUCGCCUGGGCUGGAUAUGGAAGCGCCCUCAGUCCGUAUUCCAAAGCCGUCCCUGCUGUUAUAGCCAAGGCCUCAGCCAUCUAUAACCCUUUUAUCUACGCAAUCAUUCACUCAAAAUACAGGGACACCAUGGCAGAGAAGGUUCCCUGUCUACACUUCCUCGCCCAGGCCCCCAGAAGGGAGUGCAUAUCAGUGUCCCACAGUGAGUCCUCCCUCAGGGACUCGAUGCUGAGCAGACAGUCAUCGGUCUCCAAAAGCAAGUUUUACAGAGUGUCUUCCAUGUCUACUACAGACACACAGGUUUGGAGUGAUGUGGAGCUGGACCCUAUUGACCAAAGUCAUUGUCUGAGAUCCAGCUUUUCCCUCGGAGUUCUGAGGGACAAAGAGCAAAAGCAGAGCAAGGAAAGGGAAAGCCACAGUCAGGAACAGAUCCACAUCCCAGAGCAAGGCUCGCUGAACAGAUGUGAUCACACCCUAUCGCCUGAGUCUGUCAGCACAGUAAUGCCCCCGAUUUUGGGGAGGAGUAGAGAGCAGAAUCCUGAAAGUUGGGCUAAACAGAAGAAACAAGAAGAUGAGCAGGAAAAGGAGAGCGAACACGAAUAGAGGCACAGCAAGUACAGAAAAAGAAAGAUGAGAAGGAGUUGCAGGUCCUUGUCCAGCCAGACUGUCUGGACAAUAUUGUAAG